AUGGAAGGAAGGACGCUAGAAGUAGAUGGCUCUUUAUUCGAAGGUGGAGGACAAAUUGUAAGAGUUUCUCUCUGCUUAGCCAUUAUAAAAGGAAUUCCAGUUACUAUUAGAAAUAUUCGUGCAGGAAGGCCAAAUCCAGGACUAGCCAGAUCCCAUCUUUCUUCUGUAGAGCUUCUCAGAGAUAUCUGCAACGGUGAGCUUCGAGGGGGUCAUUUAAGCUCAACAGAACUUACUUUAAUCCCAGGCCCGAUUAGUGGAGGAGUUUAUAGUGUUGACUGUCACUCAGCAGGGAGUAUCAGUUUAAUUUUUCAAGCAAUUCUUCCAGUUCUAUAUAAAACAAAUUCAGAGGUGACUAUUAAGGUAUUAUCUAUUUAGGGUGGCACCGACGUUUCUCACUCUCCACCAACUCAUUUUAUUGAAAAUGUGCUUCAGCCUAUUCUUGCCCGAAUUGGGGUAAAUUUCGAUUAUUCAGUAAAAAGAUUUGGGUUCUACCCAAGGGGUGGUGGGGAAGUUCUACUAAAAAUUGAGCCAUCAGAAAGUUUAGCAGGCAUAGAAAUAGUAGAAAGUGGAGGAAAUCCACGAUAUUUUGGCGAACUUUUAUAUUGCCGAAACAGAAAAAGACGAAAAGGAGAUAUUGGAGACGAUGAAUAUUUGAAUAGAAUAACAAAGGCAGCAAGUAAAGUUUAUAUAGAAAAUGAACUUGGCAUUUCUGGAGGUAGAAUCAACGUAAGAGAAGCUGAUGGGCUGAGUAGGUGUGUAGUUAAUAAUUUUUGGGCUGUAACUGAAAAUGGCAAUAUUUUGCAUAAUUCAGAUAUUGAAAGCUUUAACUCAAAACAAAAUCCAAAACCGGAAGAAACAGUUAGCAAAAUUGCAAGUGAAUUGGAAGAUCAGGUUAAUUCAGGGGCAUGUGUAGACAAUUAUUUGCAGGACCAGCUUUUGAUAUUUUUGUCAAUGGCAAAGAGUCCUUCUGUAAUUAAAAUACACUCAUUGACACAGCACUCUGUAGCUGUAAUCAAUUUAAUCACACAAGUUGGGCUUGCUUCUAUUAGUGUUGAAGGAAAUAUGAUGAGAAUUGAGCCACAAAAUGAAUUAUCAGCAUAA